AUGACCGAAAAAAGGAAAAAGCUAUCCGGUGAGAGUCAUCACGGAGUUAAAAUCAACGUCGGUGGUACCAUAUUCCAAACUUCUUUUCUAACCCUGACAAGACUCGAUAAUACUAUGCUUUCUGCUAUGGUUGCGAAUCAUUGGCGGAAUCAGGAUGAACUAUUCAUAGACAGAUAUCCGACUCAUUUUGCAAAGGUACUGGAUUACCUCCGAGACGGUGAAAAUUUUGCUCUUCCUUUAGAGGAAGAUGUUCGAGAAGCUCUUCGCAAAGAAGCUGAGUUUUACAAUAUUCCCGGGCUCGCCAAAAUGUGCUCCAAAGUAAUAAAAGUCGGAGAUAUGGUGCAAUGGCAGGAAAGCGUAAUUGAAGAAUAUUGGAAGUAUCUUGUCAGGUAUCUUCAUACAUAUCCUUUCACUGAAUCGAAGAUGUGCAUGGCUUGUGCGUGCUCCACCAAAGCAUAUGUGGGUCCAUCUAGUCAGAAUCUUCCUGAAAUUGCCUUCGAUUCCUCUACUUCAUGGUCUGGCAGCAAGUCCAUUAAGCUUGAAAAGUGGACGCUUCUCAAACAUCAUAUGCGAACUAUGAAAGGAACCGUGAUUCAGGUGUCUGAGCAAUGCUGUCAUGUGAAGUAUAGCCCAGCGCUGGUACAUCUCCCAAAAUCUGCAUUGCGCUUAUCGAGAUAA